AUUAGCCACCACCUCCGCCAAGAAAGCGGGAGGAGAAAAGCAAAUGGCGGAGGAGCCCAAUUCCAAACCUGGCUCCGGCGGCUUCUCAUCGGCCGUGAACGGCGGAAGAACUGUGGAAGAAUGCCAGGACAUGAUUGGAAGAAGCCUCCGAAUUCCAAUGGUAAAAUUUUUGAAGGAACACAUGGAGAAAGCAGGUUGCAGGAUAGGUGACAAGUUCAUAAAGGCCGUUCAUUGCGACAAGCAGAUCAGUGGCGGUUAUGUCCGUGGUGAAGGGAUAAUCGUGUGUAGUAAUCACAUGAACAUCCAAGAUGAGGUCAACCAAGUAGUGAUCCAUGAGCUCAUUCAUGCAUAUGAUGACUGUCGUGCUGCGAACUUGGAUUGGUCUAACUGUGCUCAUCAUGCUUGUAGUGAGAUUCGAGCGGGCCAUCUUAGUGGUGAUUGUCACUAUAAACGAGAAUUGCUGCGGGGUUUUAUGAAAAUACGAGGUCAUGAACAGGAUUGUGUGAGAAGAAGAGUUAUGAAAUCAGUGAUUGCUAACCCUUACUGCUCAGAAGUGGCAGCGAAGGAUGCCAUGGAAGCUGUCUGGGAUGUGUGCUACAAUGAUACUAAACCCUUUGACAGAGCUCCUUGAUACACGGUAUUCACCGUGUGCCUGUCAAAGCAAAACCAUCUGGUACUCCAAUUUUCCCACCAAAAUGGCCACUAAUUUGUCAUUGAUUGCUUUUCAAGAAGGAAGACUAUGUCCACACCAUAUCUAUUUCAGGGAUUAUUAUGAUACGAUUCAACCAAAUGGUGCAAUUUUUUUUAAAAAUAUUUUUCAUGUAUCAAUGAUUGCCAUACAAAUGCAUGAACAGAGAGGUUCUUGCCAUUCUUGAGGCAGUGUCUCGAUUGUAAACCAAAGCCAAUGGCUAUUCAGUGAGACUACAUUUGAAUAACAAAUUCUUUGUUUUUCUUUUAGGUUAUUUGAAGUAAAAUAAACUGGUU